AUGAGACUAUUUUUCAAACGCGGAUAUGCCAUAACCAACAUCAUCGACGCCAAAUUAGAUUCUCUCAAAUUGAAGGCACAACAGGUGAGUGACAGUGUACCUGUUAACUGCACUGUAUAUGACCUAUGGAGAACAUAAAUACAGUGACAGCGCUAGCAUUGAUACCAGGUCUUGACAAAUAAUAAUAGUCUAUUUAAUACGUACUAGAUAAAACAUGAGCAGCCCAUCUGUAUCUGAUAUACAAACUCUCGCCUUCGCCCCUUUGGCUCGAGUUUGUAUAUCAGAUACAGACCGGAUGCGAAUGUUUUAUCGUACUUAAAAAAUUACCCAUUUUAUGAGUUCAUUCGCGAAGUAAUUUUAAAAAUAAACAUUGUCUAAGCCGAGAAAAUCAAAGCUGAAGUUUAUGUAAAUCAGGACAAAUCUGUAUCCGAUUUACAAACAUUGAUUAAACAUUCAUUUCUUUGGUAUUUUCCUCGUGAAUUAUUGAAUAUUUUAAAUAUAAAGAAUGAUACAAUGGUGCGAGGAAAUAUAAAAUGUAUUUCCACUAUUGAAUAGACCCAUUGGAUAAUAACGACAUGUAUGCUACUUGGCCUGGGAGACUCACUUCAUUACAAGUAUAAAGUCGUGGUACUUAAUCAACUCACGAUUAAUGAGAGCGAGGCUCUCAGGCCAACACCACAUGACGUUAUUACCGAAAAGGUCUUUUGGAUAUCUAUAAUCGAUGAGAUUUCCACGCGAGCAACCAUAUAUAUUUCUGUAUACUUUUAUAUAGUAAAACGUUUAAUUCACACAUGCAUUUCUUGCUUAAAACACCAGCAUUUUUAUUUUUAUAACUUUGCCUGUUCCAAUUCUUUCUGAAAAAUGCUACUAUUUGCACGUGCAUAAUCAUACAUAAUUGUUAAUUUCAGGCGAAUCUGCCAUCUGAGAACCAGCUGCAUUAUUUGAAGAAAUGCCUUUACAAUGGCUAUUAUUACUUUGAAGCGAUUACCGAGGGGGACUUGAACACCGUCAUUUGUGGGAUUUGUGGAAUUUGCCCCGAGGUUAUUCUUGGUGAUGGAAAUGAAAAAAACUGUUGCACUAACAAACAGGUACAGACACAGCAUACACUUAACCUAAAUUAACAAGACGCUCUAUAGAGCGUUAACUUGCUGGGGCUAUACAAGCUACUGUAGUACGCACAACAAUAAUGAUGAUACAUACAUAGAAAACAGGUACAAUUCGUUGAAAAUUUUAACGAAAUUGUUUGAAACAUUUUGGACACUCCACGAAAGGCCACCAUUUUGAAAAGGAUAUAUUGGGUUUUAUACUUUUACUAGGCAGCUCAUAUUCUAUUUUGUGCCUAUCGACGACGAUUGGAGAUCGGAGAUCCACUAUUGCCGAUCCGUGAAAAAUGCAUGCCAAAACCUAUAUACAACCUGGGCACAGAUGCCCCAGCGAGAAAUGUUGACACUCAAAUGUACAAAGUAACCAUUCACUUUUCUAGAUUGAUUAUGUCAAAUCUGACAGUGCAACUCUUCCUUCCCAAGUUAAAACUACUGAUGCAUUUAAAAAUAUGUUAAAGAGAAGAUGGUUGGAAAGGACGGUAUUCACAAGAUGCACGGAAAAUAUCCAGAUACCAGUGUCUGUUGUACCACCAAUUAUGCCAUCAGCUUUGAUGGGUCCAAUAGUACACAACACUGAAGAUCAAAAGAAAAGUGUGUACUUAAAGGAAAACACACUACCCGAAGGUAUGUUGUAA